AUGACACAAAUAAUUAAUUUCGUUUUUCUUCUCCUUUGUUGUCCGUUUGUUCAAACGUAUACUGAUGGAGCGAUCAAUCUAUUAGUUCGUUCAAGUACCUCAUCAGAAUAUUAUCGCUAUUGUAUAGAAUUAGCCAAACUACCAAAUGGUCAAACAGUGAAUGUUUCCGACUUCGGAUGGUAUAAUCCGUACUUGGUAUCGUCGACAGUCGAUGCUUGUAAUGCAGCAAGUUUAAAUACGUCUUUACCAAACACAUUAUCUUCGAGAACGAUGCUAAUCAUAUAUGAGCAUGGAUGUACAAUGACAGAACAAGCGUGGAAUGUUGAACAGCUCUAUGGGCAAAUUGCGUUAAUGAUUAUCACCGAUCGGCAAGAUACUAGCUAUGAAUUAACAUAUAAUACAACAACGAUGCCUGUUAGUAUUCCAGUAAUGAUGUUUUUGGAUUCAGACUUUGAUCAUCUGAAGAAUCGUUUUGAAGAUUUGAAUAGUAUUCAGUUGUCAAUUGAUUAUCCUGUGGAUGUUGGAAGAAAAUUUCGCCCAGCAGUUUUGCUAAUGUUUCUAUUAGUGCUGGUUGUUUUACUUUGUGGAAACUUUUGGGCAGGAGAUGAAUUCAAGCGAAUUAUGAAAGAACGUGAUAGUGAUAAUUGUAGUCAACUUUCGAGUGCGAAUUCAUCACCGCGUGUUGAUGAAACAGCACCAGUACAAGUUAUUACAAAAGAAAAUUCACCACGACCGAAUGAAGAUCUCGAAGAAAAGAAAUUAGCUAUUCUUCCCAUGACAUGUUGUUUCAUUAUUCUUAUGAUAUUCUUUGCUGUUGGAUGGCUACUUUUGUUAUAUUACUUUCCACAAGUGAUGAUUUACGUUCUACAAGCUAUGUUUUGUAUCAGCGCGUUUUCAAGUUUAAUCCGUUGUUUCAACCGUUUAAGUUACUUUGUUCCAAUUCUUCGCCGGUAUGAAAUUCCAUCGUGUACGCUACGUCGGCCAUGUAUAUGGAAACUAGGUCCAUUGAACUGUAUUACAAUCUUGGCAAUUUGUGUUUCAUUAACACUUGUUAUCAUCUGGUUUAUCUAUCGUCAAAGAGAUUGGGCGUGGAUUCUACAAGAUAUUCUUGGUGCAGCAGUUUGCAUAUCAGUCACAUCCAUCUAUCGACUGGGAAAUAUGCGAGUGAUCACGGUUAUUCUAGUAGCUUUUUUCCUCUACGAUACCUUCUUUGUUUUUAUUACACCUUAUAUUCCUAUAUUUCAAAAAUCGUCGACAAGUUCAAGUGCCACUACCGUUGCACCAUCAGGCAGUGGAUCGAGUGUUCGGUCAAUAACACGAAAAUCAACAAGAACCCCGUCAGUGAUGGAACAAGUGGCAUUGGGCAUCGGAGCAAACGGUGAAACCGUUCCACUGCUAUUUGCCUUACCAAUGUUCAUACCUGAAUCAGAAAUCGACCCAUGUGUAACUGUACGAAAGUCAAUGCUUGGCUUUGGUGAUAUUAUCCUACCGGGUAUUCUUUUAACAUUUUGCAAAAUAUACGAUAUUGCCAGUGCGAAUCGUUGGCCUGUUUAUUAUCUUCAAUCGUUAAUAGCUUAUUUUGUUGGCUUAGCUUUGACACACGUUGCACUCUACUUAAUGAAUACCGCUCAACCAGCUUUACUGUACAUUGUCCCUUGUAUACUUUUAUCAACGAUCACAACGAGCUUAAUUCGUCGAGAAUUAAAAGAACUAUUCACAGGUAAACGCCUCGAAUUGGCACUGGAAGGAAAAAAACAAAAGCCAUUGGCACCGUUAGACAAUGGCCUAAGCAAUUCGAUCGAAGAAAUUAUUGACAAUCCAAAUGAUCAUCGCUAUAAUGAACUGGAGAAUCCAUCGGAGUCCAGAUUGAGUGACACGGACUCUGUUAUUAUCAUGAAUGAACCGACCGGUAUUAAUCCAAAUGUAUAUUUAUAA